CUAAAGGGCAUCCCCGCAGAAGGUUUCUGGAAUAGCCAUAGGUCUGAAUUUACCGGGCUGGAGCACACAGGCAGCGACCAACUAGUACCGAUAGAAUUUUAUUUGUUUCUCCCCUGUACAUAGCCACAGUAAAUAAGGUCCAAAAUGGAUGCUUCGGCCAAGGAUACUAAGGCCUUGGAGGAAAAGAAGGCAGAAUUGGUUCAGAAAGCUAAGCUGGCUGAACAAGCCGAACGGUACGAUGACAUGUCGACAGCGAUGAAAGAGCUGACGGAGUUAGAGAUUGAGCUGAACAACGAGGAGCGGAAUCUGCUGUCAGUAGCGUACAAAAAUGUGGUAGGGGCUCGCCGUUCAUCGUGGAGAGUCAUCUCCAGUAUCGAGUCCAAGACGGCAGAUUCAAGCGAAAAGAAACAGAAGAUGGCAAGUGAAUAUCGGCAGAAGGUCGAAGGGGAACUGAAAGACAUCUGCCAAGCUGUACUGCGUCUUUUAGACCAGUUCUUACUUCCUAAAGCCUCUUCUAUAGAAAGUAAAGUCUUCUACCUGAAGAUGAAAGGGGACUAUCACAGGUAUUUAGCAGAGGUGGCUGGCGGAGCCCAGAAACAUGAGGUUGUUGAAAAUUCACAAGCAGCAUAUGAGGAUGCUUAUAAUAUCGCCAAAGUGGAAAUGGCUCCCACACAUCCCAUACGGCUGGGCCUGGCUCUUAACUUCUCUGUAUUCUAUUAUGAAAUUCUCAAUUCACCUGAUAAAGCUUGUCAUCUAGCAAAACAGGCAUUUGAUGACGCAAUCGCAGAACUAGACCAAUUAAGUGAUGAAUCAUACAAAGAUAGCACGCUGAUCAUGCAGCUUCUCAGAGACAACCUCACGCUCUGGACCUCGGAUAAUCCGGGUGAUGAUGAUUCGGAACAGCAAGCCGACAACAACUGAGGAGAGAAGCGUGUUUGAGCAGUAACCAACACCCAGAUAAAAAAAACAGCCAGCUUGUCAUCUGGUCAUCAUAUUUACUAUGUACACUAACCAACAUCUUGGUAAAACACACACACCGUAACAGGAUUGAACUCUGGGAGGGGAACUACUUAAGUGUCAGGUGAGAAACCUGCGACCUGUUCAGCGUACGUCAUCAUUCUCAUCAGUUGCUCUCCUCCUGGACUCUGGGUGGACAGAUGUUAACCUCUUUCGUGCUGACUUUUGAAUUUUUCUCUGCCUGCUGGGCUGAUGGCUUUGUAAAAAGUUUUAGAAUUCUUCCCGGAGACGCUGGGAGAGCAGAAUGUUUAAAUAUGAACGAAUUUGUGACUUGCACUUGAUGGAACCCAGGCGGGACAGAGACGUAUGGGCGUGGCAAACAUCAGAUACCUGUUUUUAGAUUCAUUGCUGUUUAAAAAAAAAAAAUGACGUAACUGACAAUAAGGAAUGGACAUAGUGCGCUUUUUUUUUCUUUUUUUUUUUUUUAUCAUUUAUCACUCAUGUGGUAGAAUCGUAUAUCAAAUGGCUGAAGAAAGAACUUUUUUGUGAACAUGUCCUAACAGUGUCCAGUGCUUAUUCUAUGUUACAUGUUAUAAGUUUUCUUUUUGUAUCAGCAUCUUAAUAGUAAGGUAUGUGCUUGGGCUCUGAAUAUAUAAAUAUAUGUACAUUUAUAGACCUCCAUCUGUUCUGUAGUAGCUUAGUCUAGUGACAGUCAACAUUCGGAUUAUAGUACCACGUCUGUUAUCUGUUUGCCUAGUGAAAAAGAGAGAAAAAUAAGUACUUGCCUCGGCAGAAAGUAAAGUAACCUGUUUAUCUACUCUCGUCUGAUUGCAUAUUGUGGAAAUUAAAGGAAAACACUACAUACAAUAAAAGAACUUGGUAAUUUAGUGGAAGGUUGGGGUCUGUGGGCUAUCCAUUUCUUUAUUCGUCGUAAUAUCUGUACUAAAUGACUUGUAGACAUGGUAUGAAAUCACUCCCAUUGGUCACCCGUAUGUUUGUCUGUUUGCCUGUCGUGUUUGAAUAUAUGCCCGGAUUUCCCCCGCUGUGGCUUUGUUCAUUUACUGUGUACCAGAUAGUUCUUAAAAAAAAAAAUAAGCUAAAUCUUAGAUGUUUCAUUAGUCAGAUGGCGUAGCAGUAGCUGUUAUUGCUGCAUGGUGAACGUGGCAACCGUUUAUGAUGGAUAGAUAUUAAUGAGAAUAAUAACAAUUGUGGCUUUUUGUAUAAUCUUCGUCAGUGGCACCAAGACGCGUUGUUCCGUGCUUUUUGGCAGUGUGUUUUUCGUUUUCAUGUAUACAACCACUAUAACUACAUCUAUUAUGAUUUUACCCAAAUAUGGCAAGCCUUUUCGCUGCUCAGCGGUCUGACAGAUAUAUUUAGUGUCACUCAUUUUUGCCAAGCAGUGAUUGUGGAUGAAAAAUAUAGCAGAGAGCCGUCAGUGUUUGUGGUUCCGCUGCUCAACUUGCCUGCCUCAUAAGGCCUGCUGCAGUGGCUCAUCAGCAACUGCAGUCGUCUAGAGCUUGCUGAUGAAAAUGGUUUUUAGACAUCCAGUUAAGUGCAGUAACUUAUUAUGCCCUUUGAUUACUUUCACACAGAGAAAAAUAAAGUUUCUUUCCUCAA